ACAUAUUACUCUAAUUUACCCUCUUCAUUAUAUUCACUCACACCUCUCAGUCUCAUGAGCUAUCAAUUCCCUCAAGCCCUUCUCUCCAUUCUCCCCCACCACCACUUCUCAUAACUCUCGCUCAGUACUCUCCAAUGGCGGCCUCCUUCGCGCUGCUGGUGGUAUUGGUGGUUGCAGCCUUGACUGGUGAAGCGGCAGGGCAAGUGGUGAACAUUACAAUCGGGCCUUCUCUCGGCGGCGGAGGAGUCGCUGGGGCUCAGAGGAGCCGGAGGGAAUUGGUUCCUGCCAUGUUCGUGUUCGGGGACUCCCUCAUCGACAACGGGAACAACAACGACCUCCCUUCCCUUGCCAAGGCCAACUACUUCCCCUACGGCAUCGACUUCAACGGCGGCCCCACCGGCCGCUUCUCCAAUGGCUACACCAUGGUUGAUGAAAUAGCGGAGCUGCUUGGACUUCCCUUGAUCCCGGCCUAUUCGGAAGCUUCGAGGGAGCAAGUGCUUCAUGGAGCGAACUACGCUUCCGCUGCUGCUGGAAUCCUCGACAUCACCGGCCGAAACUUCGUGGGACGCAUUCCGUUCAAUGAGCAGAUAAGGAACUUCCAGAACACGUUGGAUCAAAUCACCGGUAAUCUCAGGGCAGACGACAUGGCCAAUUCAAUUGCGAGGUGCAUAUUCUUCGUGGGAAUGGGGAGCAAUGACUACCUGAAUAACUACCUCAUGCCUAACUACAAUACCCGGAAUCAGUACAAUGGCCAGCAGUUUGCCGACCUCUUAGUGCAGCAGUACACACGACAGCUCACUACUUUGUACAACCUCGGGGCGAGGAAGUUCGUGCUCGCAGGAAUAGGGCUGAUGGGCUGCAUUCCUAGCAUCUUGGCGCAGAGCACCAAUGGCCGGUGCUCGGACGAAGUGAACCGGCUUGUCCAGCCCUUUAACGCUAAUGUUAAGAUGAUGAUGAGCAACCUGAACACCAAUCUUCCUGGUGCUCGAAUCAUAUACAUAGACAUUGCCCAUAUGUUUGAGGAUCUUCUCGUGAAUGCCAGAUCUUAUGGAUUCAGUGUGGCGAAUAGAGGUUGCUGUGGCAUUGGGAGGAACAGAGGGCAGAUCACUUGCCUGCCAUUCCAAACACCAUGCCCGAACAGGGAUCAGUACGUGUUCUGGGAUGCAUUCCACCCGACUGAAGCCGUGAACAUUCUUAUGGGGAGGAAGGCUUUCAAUGGAGAUACCAGCGUUGUUUAUCCCAUGAACAUCGAACAGCUCGCCAAUCUCUAAGUCUUUGCAUGCUACAAUUACAAUACUUUAGUGAAUCUCUGAUUGUCGGUGUCCCAUUGUCGUGAUUUCCAUUAAAAUCGGACUCUGUUUAACAUAUGAAGCUUCAUUUUGGUUAGUUUUGUUCUCAUGAUA